AAGGGUCGGGGGAUCCCUCCGCCGCCAGCGCGUGGUCCCGGCCCCCUCCGCCCGCCGCCGUCUCGGCCGCGGCCCGCAGCCCCUGCCCCCCGGGGGACGCUGACGGCCGCGGAGCGCGCCGCCGCAGCAGGCGGACAGGGGGCGCUGCGCGCGGCCUGGGGCAACCCGGGGCCACCAGGGGCAGGAAAGUGAGGGCCCAGGUCGGCCCGGGCGUGCAGGGGCCCCGGGUUCGCCGCGGCGGCGAGAGCGGCCCCGGCCGCGGCGGGAGCAGCGGCAGCAGCGGCAGCAGCGGGAGCGCCAGGUUCAGCCGGGAAGCCCAUGGCGGCGGCGGCGGCGGCGGCUCGGCUCCCUCGCUGACUGGCCCGUCCGCCCUCCUGCACUGAGCGCCAUGUUACCGAGCCAAGCUGGGGCCGCGGCGGCGCUGGGCCGGGGCUCGGCCCUGGGGGGCAGCCUGAACCGGACCCCGACGGGGCGGCCGGGCGGCGGCGGGACGCGCGGGGCCAACGGGGGCCGAGUGCCCGGGAACGGCGCGGGGCUCGGGUCGGGCCGCCUGGAGCGGGAGGCUGCAGCGGCCGCGGCCACGACCCCGGCGGCGCCCACCGCGGGGGCCCUCUACAGCGGCAGCGAGGGCGACUCGGAGUCGGGCGAGGAGGAGGAGCUGGGCGCCGAGCGGCGCGGCCUCAAGCGGAGCCUCAGCGAGAUGGAGAUGGUGGUCGCUGGGCCCGAGGCGUCGGCGGCCGCCGCCGGGGGCUACGGACCCGUGAGCGGGGCGGUGAGCGGGGCCAAGCCGGGCAAGAAGACCCGGGGCCGCGUGAAGAUCAAGAUGGAGUUCAUCGACAACAAGCUGCGGCGCUACACGACCUUCAGCAAGAGGAAGACGGGCAUCAUGAAGAAGGCUUAUGAGCUGUCCACGCUGACAGGGACCCAGGUGCUGUUGUUGGUGGCCAGCGAGACAGGCCAUGUGUAUACCUUUGCCACCCGCAAACUGCAGCCCAUGAUCACCAGUGAGACUGGCAAGGCGCUGAUUCAAACGUGCCUCAACUCGCCAGACUCGCCGCCCCGCUCGGAUCCCACCACGGACCAGAGGAUGAGUGCCACUGGCUUCGAAGAGACGGAUCUCACCUACCAGGUGUCGGAAUCAGACAGCAGUGGGGAGACCAAGGACACCCUGAAGCCCGUGUUCACGGUCACCAACCUGCCGGGUACCACCUCCACCAUCCAAACUGCACCGAGCACCUCUACCACCAUGCAAGUCAGCAGCGGCCCCUCCUUCCCCAUCACCAACUACCUGGCACCAGUGUCUGCUAGCGUCAGCCCCAGCGCUGUCAGCAGUGCCAACGGGACUGUGUUGAAGGGUACAGGCAGUGGUCCUGUCUCCUCUGGGGGCCUUAUGCAGCUGCCUACUGGCUUCACCCUCAUGCCUAGUGGGGCGGUGGCCCAGCAGGUCCCAGUGCAGGCCAUUCAGGUGCACCAGGCCCCACAGCAGGCGUCUCCCUCUCGUGACAGCAGCACAGACCUCACGCAGACCUCCUCCAGUGGGACAGUGACGUUGCCCGCCACCAUCAUGACAUCGUCUGUGCCCACCACUGUGGGCGGCCACAUGAUGUAUCCUAGCCCCCAUGCAGUGAUGUAUGCCCCCACCUCGGGCCUGGCGGAUGGCAGCCUCACCGUGCUCAAUGCCUUCUCCCAGGCGCCAUCCACCAUGCAGGUGUCCCACAGCCAGGUCCAAGAGCAAGGUGGAGUCCCCCAGGUGUUCCUGACAGCACCAUCUGGGACAGUGCAGAUCCCUGUCUCUGCAGUUCAGCUUCACCAGAUGGCUGUGAUAGGGCAGCAGGCCGGGAGCAGCAGCAACCUCACCGAGCUACAGGUGGUCAACCUGGACGCCACCCACAGCACCAAGAGUGAAUGAUCCGCCCUGCCGCCCUGGACAGCUGGCCCGAGGGACGGCACCACUUAUUUAUUGUUGCCUUUUCACGUUUUCUUUACACGCGUCGUCAACGGGCCGCAGGAGGGAGGGCGGGAAGGAGGAGCGGGCAGACACAGGACUAAGCCCUCUCACUCCAGCCAAAGAAACGGGCCUGCCUGCUCUCCCUCCCGUCCCCACCCCCGCCCCCAGCACCCACUCCUUCUUUGGGCUCCACCUUCUAUUUCUUGUUGAUGGUGGGCUUUCCUCCUCCCCUACCCCCAGACCCCCUACUUGCCCCGCAAUCUCCCCUUGCCAGCUUGGCUCAGUGUUUGCCAUGAGUAUUAGCUUAUCCAACCGGACAGGGCCCUUACUUCCCACUCCCAGGUUUUCUGUGGAACUGGGCCCUGUGUCUUCCCCUGGGGGCACAGUCACCUGCUGUGUGUCUCUCCAGCCUCCUACUUGACUCCAGGUCAGCACCGUGUCUGCCAUAGGCUGGGUUACAAGAGGCCUGCUGCUGCCCCUUAGGGAGCCAGCUAGGGAGAUGGGGCUUGGGCUGGGGGGGCGUCUUCCCUCCUGUGCUGCCCUCUGCUCUUUGACCUCCUCUGAGUAGCUGGGCCUGCACACUGGGGCAGGCUUCUGGGGCCGCCUGCCCUGCUGCCUUGCCACCUGCCCUGGCCCUCCAUGGGCUCCUGGGAUGGAGGGAAGCACCAGCGUUCCCUUCUCCCCCUUGUCUUCCCUUCUCCUCCCAGCUGCUUUACUUAAAGUUGAUUUUGAACUUUUUAUUUGAGGAGACGAAGUGAAAACAAAUCUAUAAAUAUAUAUUUUUAAAAUAUUUAACUUUUUUUUAAUGGCGUUUUUCUUGUCCCACCCCUCCCCCUCCCUGCCUAGGACUCCCCUUCCCUGGGGAGCCCUAGGGGCUCCCCAGAACUGGCUGGGCCCCUUCUGGGGACAGAGCUACCCCAUGAACUUGGGGGCUGCCAGUGCGGGGGAGGGGAGGUUCUGGGACAGCUUGGUCCUGGAUUGUUUCCAGGAGCAAGCUGGGGAGGGGCCCUCAGGCCAUGCCCCAACAGGGUGGGGAGGGUGACCCACAGUUCUGGGCUUCUUUUUGCCCUUGUUAGGGCUGUUGCUAGGGAGAGGGAAGAGGGAGACCAAAUGUAGGGGUGUGGGUGGGAGGGUGUCAGGUAGAGGCAGCCGACUUCAUUUGUGCCACACGCAUGGGCAUUGCAUCUUUGUGUUCCCCCGGGCCUGUGAUGGCCUGGGGCCCAAGUUGCAGUGAGCAGGCUGGGGUCUGGGAGGGGGUGAGAGGCAGGAAUUGGGGGGUAGCGGCAGUCAGGAGAAAUGGGAGCAGCUCUGGGACCCAGAGCAGGCAUAGGGGAGCCAGGAACCGGCAGCUCUCCCAGGGAGUGAGCAGCUACUGUAACUUUUUUAAAUUAAGACAAAAAAAAAAGCCUUGAAGAAAAUGACUUUAUUUUUCUAAGUGUAACCUCAGUAUUUAUGUAAUUUGUACAGGGGCCAUGCCCCACCCCCCUCUACCCUCUUUGGGGUAGACCUUAAGGGUGGGCCAGCAUUGAGGGAGGGUCUUUUCACCCUGUGUCCGAGCCUACCUUCACCUGGAUCCAGAAAGGAAGCUUUGGGGGGCAGCUGCCGGGGUGGUGUCAUGAAACUCUCCCUCCCACCCCCUCAGCCAGCUGCCUUCAAGUAGGAACUUACCUGCACCUGCGAUUGGGUGAAGGGCGGAGUGGGGAAGAUUGCACGCACAGCCGAGUUGUCAAAGGGACAAUUUGCAGAGACGUGUUGGAGAACUCCUUAACCUCUACCCCCCCUCCAUUGCUGUCUCGCCCCCAAUUUGGGGUACCAAAAUGGAAGUCACCUUUCUGGGGCUUUCUCCUGGAAAUGGCUGGGGGGGAGGGGUGUGCGUGUGUGUGGCUUUCCAGGCUGAGGGAUAGCCAGUCGUGGGCCAGAGAGCUGGGGGAGCUUGGGACUCAGGUCAGUAACUGCCCAGCCCCCUUUUUCUCUGCUCUUGUUUCACUCUACCUGCCACCCAUCCACCCACCCACUCACCCCCCACUUCCCCCAGCCCCAGUUGAGCGGGGGAGGAGAUGGCAAUGAAUUCUUCCUUCUCCCCACGACAGACAGACCCAGUGAGUGAACCAGGCAAAGUGCUUAUAAAUGUGUGUGGUUGUGAGCGUGGCCUUGGGCGGACAAGCUUGUGUUGCGAAUGAGGUGGCAUUUUUAUGUGCAGUGGGCCCUUGGUGUCUCCCUUCCUCGGUGGCUCUGGGGUUAAUGUGUGUGUAUGUGCGCGCGUGCGCUUGUGCCUGAAUGAAUGAGUGUGUGUGUGUGUGAAUGCGGGGUGUGUGUGUGUCAAGUGGUUUCUACUUCCCCUGGGAUGCUGACCCAGGAAUAGUGGACGUGAUCACGGUCCUAUGUACAGAGCUUUCUUUUGUAUUAAAAAAAUAAUUACUCUUUCAAUAAAUGUAUCAUUUUUGUGCACAGAC